UUUGAGUUCCAACCAUUAUUGUAAUCUUCUUCGUAGCUGAAUCGGUAACGUUGAGAAUGAUACUAAAAUGAUAAGGGACUCCUGAGAGAAGCAUGAAAACAAAAAAAUAUAUUGAAUCUUAAAAAAGUAUGGCGACGUGGGAAGGUGAAAAAUUUCAAGAAAUCGGGAAUGCCGAUGAUAUUGAAGAAAAUUUUGAUAUCCUUGUGACGCAUGAUCUUCAAGAUUGUUUAGAUGAUAGUUUAGAUAUAACUAGUUUUGGAAAAGUGUAUGAACAAAAUACUGUAUUUGAUUAUGAAAAAUAUUCCGAUGACGAUGCUCCUAUCGAAGAAAAACUAUCUAAUGAUAAUUCCACCGAGUCAAUACAUCAUUCAAUUAGUCCUCAUGAAAUUUAUAUGCGAAUUCAUUCUGAUCAAGAUGAUAUUUCAAACAAAUCUGCAUAUGCAAAUAAUAUAAUUGAAAGUACAGUUUUGGAUAUAAAUCAAAAACAUAUUGGUCGAUAUACUUGUGAAUAUGAAGGUUGUAAUAGAACUUAUAGUACAGUUGGAAAUCUACGUACUCACAUGAAAACACAUAAAGGCGAGUAUCGAUUUAAAUGUGCAGAACCAAGUUGUGGCAAGGCAUUUCUUACAUCAUACAGUCUUAAGAUUCAUAUUAGAGUACAUACAAAAGUGAAACCAUUUGAAUGCAAUCACAAAGGCUGUGAAAAAGCAUUCAAUACUCUUUACAGACUGAGAGCUCACCAAAGACUACACAGUGGUAACACCUUUAAUUGUGAAGAGACUGGAUGUGUUAAAUUCUUCACUACUUUAAGUGAUCUCAAGAAACAUAUUCGUACUCAUACUCAAGAAAGACCUUACAAAUGUCGAGAAAAAGGAUGUGGUAAAGCUUUUACAGCGUCGCAUCAUUUGAAAACGCAUAAGAGAACUCAUACCGGAGAACGACCUUAUGUAUGUACUAUUGGAAAUUGCAAACGAUCUUUUACUACACCUCAUAGUCUAAAAAGUCAUUUGAAAACUCAUAAGAGAACAAAUAAUAAUGAUGAAACGAAACAUAAAGGCAACCAAGAUGAUUACAGAAACCAAAGAAAUAGUGAGAUAUUGAAAACAGAAAUCGACGUUGAUAAAAUAACGUCAAAGAAUACAAAUGUGCCAUGUUAUGCCAUUAUACCAUUAUCUUCUAGCAAUAGACAAACUAAGGAAAGUAUUACUUAUUUAUCUAUAGAAAAUCCAAAUGAUGAAUCAACUUCUACAAAUGAGAUAAUAGAUAUUUUAAGUCAAAACAGAAUAAAUAAAGAACUUGAUUACAACAUUACUAAUAAAAAUACUGAAAAUUUAAAUAAAUCUACAAAUGUCACUCUUCUUACAUCAGAAAAUAUUAUUUUAAAUAAUUUUACCGAACACACAAUUGAUAACUUUAAUAAUAAUGAAAGUUAUGAUAAAUUUAAAAUAUUUAAUGAAGUAAAUGAUUCAAAUUUACAACGAGAUCAAAGUCAACAAUAUAUUUCUAAUUCUUCGAUAGAAGUUCAAGAUAGCAAGAAAAAUAAUAAAAAUAAGUCUAAUUCAAUAAAUUUAGAGCAAAAAAUUAUACAAAAUGAUUUACAAAACACUAUUGCUCAUAUUUCAGAAGAAUCUGAUUUCACAAAUAAUGUGCAACAAUAUAACAAUGAUAAUACUAUUAUCGAGAAAGUUUACGAUAACAGAACAAAUGCAAAUACGAUUAUUGAAAAUAAUAAUGCCACUUUGUAUGAUACAAAUUCUGUUACUAGUCAUGUAUCAAAUAUAGUUAGUUCCUCUAAUGAGACUCAACUUUUUGAUAGUGAGAUAGAAAAUUUACCAUUUAUUAAUGACAGUUUACAAACUGGAUCUCUUAAUGAAGUUGAACAUGUAUUGAAUUCUAACGUUAUUACAACUACGCAGUCGGAAGCUAUUGAAUUAGCUAUAGCAUCUGAGGAAGAAAUACCUUCUCCUUGGAUAGAUGUUAUGGCAAUGGCAACUCCAUCUGCAUUGAGAAGACAGUCUUGGUCAGAAUUAAAUGCAUUUCCAACAGCUGUUCACUCGCUAGUUGAUUUAGUUGAACCAGAACCAUAUCCAUUACAGAUUGAAAAUCAAUUACAGCCAUUACAACAAGUAGAUAAUAUAAAUUUAGUAGAUGUAGAAAAUACUAAUACGUGUAUCGAAAUUAGACGUUAUCAAGAAAACGAUAAUGAAAAGCAAAACGAAGAUAAUAUAAAAAUAAAAAAGAAUAGAAAUAUUCUGCAAAAAAUUACAGCUGAAGCAGAUAUAUGCAAAUGUAUUGAUUGUAAAUGUGAUCAUCAGCAAAAUUGUCAAAAUUGCUCAAAUAAUACAAUUCCUGAAAAUAAUAAAAAGCACGUGUCAUCAAAAAUGGUAGACGAUUUCGUGUCUUGUUUACAAAAAGAAUGUUCUUGUGACAAUGAGCCCGGUGGUUGUGGGUCUUGUUGUGUUGUGAUUUGUUUAAAAACACUGCAACAAUUGCAAAAAGUAUUUAGUCGUAAUUGUUGUAAAAGUACUAACAGUGUAACAUGUUGUAGAGAAGAAUUGUUACCUCCAUUAAUGAAGUGUCAAUUAACAAAAAACCAAUGAAACAAAUACUUUAUUGUGUAACUAGUCAUGUUAAAAGAAACAAAUUUUUAUAUAAAUAUUGAAUAAGAAUUUGUUAUUUAUCAUAAUGUAUAAAAUGGUUUGCUUAGCUUUAAAAUGCAUAUUUUCUUAUAAAUGUCAAUUUUUUAAAAUUUUGUCUAGGACAAUUGAGAGUAUAGGACUGUACAUACCUGUACUAUAUUUCAAGACUUUAUAUAGAUACGAUUUUUAAAUGUUAUAUAUUUUCAUGUGUGUGAAUAUUAUGUAUUUGUAGAUUUUUUUACUUAUAAAAUUUUUAAAUGUACAUCACUGUUGAAUUAUUUAUAAGAAAAAAAAAAAAAGGAAUUGUAUUAUUGUAUCAUAUUAGCAAGAUUAUCAUAUUAUCAUUUUAAGAUAAUUAAUGCCAAAUUUGAUAUUCAUGUAUUAAGUAUAUGAAUAUGACAUUUUUAAUGUACAAAUACUAUGUAUAUAACAUUCUUAUACAUAAUAGUUGUAAGAUAUUUGAAUUUAUAUUACAUUGUAAUUCAACAAUGUUUAUGAAUUUAUAUGAAAAUUAGAAAAAAUGUAUUAAUUAUUUGUGAUUGUGCGCGUGAUUGUGUGUGAUGUACUAAAAAUAUUAAUAGUUAAAAAAAUAAAAUAUUUAUUGU